AGUAUUAGACAACAUGGCGCCGAACAAGAAGGGAGAGCUGUCCGAUUCCGAGAAAAAACUAUUUGAUAUCGUCCUCAAAGGAACUGUGGAGGAGAUUCGAGCAAUACUGAAAGAGCCAGAUGUUCGUGUUGACUGUCUUGACCAGACUGGGAUGACCCUGCUGCAACAUGCUGCCUUCAAGGGGAGGUAUGAAAUGUGCGAGGUGUUCCUGGCACAUGGAGCUGAUGUCAACUCAAAUUACCAUGACAACGGUUACUCUGCCUUAAUGUUUGCUGCUCUUUCAGGUAACACUGAGGUGACCAGAUUGAUGCUGCAGGCAGGGGCGAAGGUUCAUCAUAUAAAUUCAGUCAACAGAACAGCCUCUCAGAUGGCAGCCUUUGUCGGUCAACAUCAGUGUGUUUCAGUCAUUAAUAACUUCUUCCCCAAAGAAGACAUCGAUUACUACACUGUGCCACAAGGUUUGGAAAAAGAAGCUAAGCUGCCUGCUGCCAUUGCUCCCUCUUUACUGACCCUGGUGAACUCUGUCAAUAUGCACCCAGUAAAGAUCACACUGUACGUGAAGGAUCACAAGGAGCUCCUGGAAGAGUGGUACAAGGUGACGAAGGUCCUGGACUUGCUGGUGGAGAAGAACAUGAAGUCCCGGGAAACCAAUGAUGUGCUGGCACUCAAGCUGCACUACCUGGCCACAGUCAUCCGGAACACAGCUAAGGCUGCCCAGGAGAAGGAAGGAGCUGUCGACCAAUGGAUCAAGAGCUUAUUGAAGGGUCGCGAUGAUGAUGGGUUCCCUGAGAAGCAGGAACGUUUGAUUCGCCAGUCCCUGAAGGAGUUUCCAUACGUUGAGUCUCAGUUGUUGCAACAGGUCGUCAGGCAGAUUGCCCCUGUCCAGAUGGGCCAAGGUGUGACAGCCCUGUCCAUGUUGAUGGCGAGCAUCAAUGGCCAGCAGUACGGCUGGGAUGAGGAAACCAGUUGUUCCACGUGUGGGACACAAAACCCGGAGAAGAAGUGCUCGGCUUGUAAAAUGGUGGGUUACUGCAACCAACAGUGCCAGAAACUACACUGGUUCACACACAAGAAGUUCUGUAAAAAGUUAGCAGAAGAGUUUGUGAGACGAGAGGAAGUGAGGAAGCAGCGAGAGGCAGAAGAAAAGAGACAGCAGGAGGAAGCACAGAAGAAGAAAGCAGAAGAGGAACAGAAAAAGGAGGAAGAGGGUAAAGAGAGGGAGAGGCAGGUUGAUGAACUGCACGCGAGAAUGAAAGAGGUUGGCGUGGGAGAUCUUAUAGAAUCACAAGACUCUGAGACAAAGACCGAUUCCAAUAAGAAAGAUGAAGAGAAUGAGAGUGGGAGUGAAAAGACUCUAUCAUCUGUCACAGAAAAUGGCAAGAUGGCAGUAACAGUAGACAGUAACCAGACAGCCCCAGCCAGACUCGGGCAGUGUAGCAAGCUGAUCGCAGUCUCAACAGCAAGAAUUUUUGUCUCGGGAGCCAAAUCAGCAAUCCAGGUCUUCUGGUCGAAAAUGACUAUUAAGUUUAGCUUGUGAGCCUCAUACACCUUUAUGCACACCCCUCAUUGUGUAAUGUAGCAGCAAGGAUUAGGUUUCUAAUGUGUGCUCAGGGUACAAUUUCAUCUUUUUCCACCACUUGCCCCAGGUGCAACCAAGGUGGAUUAGUCAGGUUGCUCCAUCUAAAUAUUGCCUGUACCAUCUUAUUGUCAAUACUAUCGCUGUCACUGACAAGACGAUUCUUUAUCAGCAAAGUGAGAUGAAUAUUCAUAACCAGCUUCACUUCCCAGAAAGGCUUACAUUACUCAAUGUCUGAAAUGAUGUCUUGAUAGAUUGUUGCCUUUUAACUGAUAUUUUCAUUCAUAAAUUUAAUUUCCUUUCCGCUUGACAAAAUGAACUUGUCCACCAUUAAAAAUAGUGACAUCUGGCCUUACAUAAAACGUCACAAAAUUGUGUACGUGAUGCGGGCUACCUAACCGAUUAAUGAGUAUGAAAACAGACAUUUUGGUAAUUGAUUCGUCCGAUACACACGAAUGGAAAAGACAUAUUUAAUGCUGAAAAUUUGCACCAAUAAAGCUGCUGCCAUGCACUUGUGGUAGAAAAGUUUACCUGUACUUGGUGCAACCUGACAAUAAAAGCUACCUGCACUGGUGCAGCCUGGAUGUAAUGAAAUUGGUCCCUGGUGCUACCCAUCACCUGUGCAUUAGUGGUUCAAAACACAACCUUGAUGAUGACUUGCUGCUCACCCAUUUCAUGGACAGAAGUCAUCAUUAGCUCAAACACCUUCUAUUGGUUCAUGUGUCACUGUGUUUACUUCUUUGUCCUGUCAAGAAUUGGAUGAGCCGUGGCCCAGAUUUCAUACAGAAUUAUGUAUUACUAAUAGAGGAAAUGUAUGGGCCAUGGACUGAGACAGGACAUGAUCAGGAUGUCAAUAAGGAAACCAAAAAUGUUCUGAUUUGAUGUGAAAAUAUCUCAAUAGGUUUUCCUUGAGAAUAAUUUCAUCAUUGUACUUAAUGAUAAAUGUAUUCAUCAAAGGAGAAUACAUUUUGGUUGUUCCUGCAACUACUCAACACUUAAAAGAACAGACAUGACGUUAGACAUUAUGAUUGUAUUCCCCUUCAUGUUGUAACUGGGUACUUGGCAGCAGAUAAUGGUGUGAUUGUAAUCAACCUCCACAGAAUUGUCCUCAAGGCCCAUCACUAGAAGUGUGUGCUGAAGUUAUGCUUUUUGAUGUCAUCAACACCUGUCCGCAGAGUUCUUCACGGUCCAUCUCAGGGACAGUCUAGGGAUUUAUCUCUCUGGGGAUCUUCACUGUCCAUCUCAGUGACGGUCUUGGGGUCUAUCCCUCUGGUGAUUUUAACUGUCCAUCAUGGUGAUGGUCUUGGGGUCUAUCCCUCUGGUGAUCUUCACUGUCCAUCUCAGUGAUGGUCUUGGGGUCUAUCCCUCUGGUGAUCUUCACGGUCCAUCAUGGUGAUGGUCUUGGGGUCUAUCCCUCUGGUGAUCUUCACGGUCCAUCAUGGUGAUGGUCUUGGGGUCUAUCCCUCUGGUGAUCUUCAUGGUCCAUCUCAGUGAUGGUCUUGGGGUCUAUCCCUCUGGUGAUCUUCACGGUCCAUCAUGGUGAUGGUCUUGGGGUGUAACCCUCUGGUGAUCUUCAUGGUCCAUCUCAGUGACAGUGUUGAGGUGUAUCCCUCUGGCGAUCUUCACAGUCCAUCUCAGUGAUUGUCUUGGGGUCUAUCCCUCAGGUGAUCUUCAAUUUUUUCUUUUUCUAAUUGACAUUGUAUGUGGAAUCAACCAGCAAGUGUUACAUAUGUUGUGUUCAUUGUUUUGUAUAGCUGUGAAGUUUUUCUUAAUGACACAUGGUAAACACCUUCAUUGUUGUUUUUGUGACUUGCAUUUAAGAUUGUUGUGCCAUAACCAUGGCAAAUGUAACUGUACUACUAUUACCCUGUCAGUAAACUACUAUUAGCCAUUACAGUUGUCUGGUGUUAAAGCAGACAUUAUUGCUUUUCAACUCACCGAUGAAAUGCUUUCAUAUCCAUUACAUUCUCACUGUCAGCGCAUGUGUUCAAGAGAAUCGCACCUUGAUAUACUGUUAAAGCAAAUGACUAAUAUUGCUGUGGAGGUUCCUUCAUCUUCAGUGGAAAGCUGUAUUCCUGUUGGGACACUGGGGUAGGCCUGUCUUAAUGCGUGGUUCAUCAAGUACUAUGUAGGACAGUGCCCCACACUGACAGCUUGUCAAGCAUUUUCUUGUGAUGGUCAACCAAGAGCAGUUUAGACUAAACAUGUUUUGGUUCCUCGUUAGGUGUUGUAUCUUUGUCCAUUUUGUAAUGGAGAACUCAUUGUGUGUUUGUUCAAUAAAACAUGAGUUACUUUUA